AUGGAUGAAACAACUGUCAAUCUCUUCAACUUCAACAUCUUACAAGGUUAGAGCCAAUAUUUGAGUUUUAAGAAUGUUAUUUAUCAGUAAACACGAAUGAAUUUAUAGCUCACCAGAUGCCGCUAUGUACAUUUCAUUGUAGUAAACAUUCGAAUUUUACGUAACUUUGACAUCACGUCUCGUGAAUAUAAAUCAAAUACACAAGCAGAUAUUUACAUCAGCUAACUUGUUGGAUUUAGAUGUAUCGCACAUAGUUUAAAUGACCGUUAUUUUGAGGCUACUUUCACAGUCAGAAAAAGUAUGGUGAAUAUAAAAAUUAGUCAUUAUUUUAGUACAAAACUCAAAUCUUUCAUAAUGAUAGUGAGUCAAGUGUAUAUGACAACAAAAACAAAUAUCAUAUUUUCGAAUCCAACGGUUAAAUAUUUUCGUUACACGAAGUCGAUUAAGUUGGUCAAUCUGGAGCACUUCUAAUUAAUAUAUUUACCCACUCCGACCAAAAUAAAUAUUUCUCAAAAACAAAAUCGUAUUUUGACAAAUAAACUAUGCCAGGAUGAUUAGGAUAUAAUACACGACAAAACAUGAAAGUAUGAGCAAAAUCGAUUUUCAGUGUGUUGCCGUCUGUUGUAUGAAUUUUGCUGACAUCUGCUCUUAAGCAUGUCAACGAAAUGUUUGCAUUUUUUGAUAUUUUAUACAAGCAAGCUUGUGCAUGCCUCGCUGGUGAUAUAGCAACUAAUCCUGGACCUGUCUGCAAUUCAACAACUCUCAGGUUAAAAGUACUGUAUUUAAAUUCUAGAAGUCGAAAAGCACUUGUUCAUCCAACUGAAGACAACUCGGUAAAAAUUUGUAAAAUCUUGUUGCUGCAACAAUCGACAUAUAGUGGUAAUUACAAUGUUGUAUGUGUAUGCAAGACUUGGUUAAACAAUUCAAUCUUAAGCAGGGAGAUCUUGCCUAAUUAUGGAUCUGUCUUCUGAUGUGACAGAGCUGGCAGAAUUGAUGGUGGUGUUCUUGUUGCUGUGAAGACUGGUAUACAAGUCACUUGUCGACAUGACCUGAAAACACCGAAAUUGUCGUUAUUGAACUGAUGAAAACAAACAGCAAACCAGUCAUACUUUAUACGUUCUACUGUCCUCCAAACUCCACACCUGAUGUUCUUCGGUCAUUAAAUAACUCCCAAAUUCGGAAUCCAGCCGCGUUGUAGUGAUAGGAGACUUUGAUCUACCAUCUGUUAAAUGGUCCUCUGCUCAACAUACCUCCAUUAACAUCGGAAGUUCUCCUGAGAAUGACGCUUUCUGCAAAAUAGUUGAAGACAACUUUCUCAAACAAUACAAACUUAACCCUACACACAUCGCUGGCAAUAUACUCAACCUGCUGUUGUGUAACAGUCCCAACAUCAUUGGUGACAUUUCUCUAUCCCAUCCUGAGUCUUGUGGUUUUCCAACAGAUCAUUACAUCAUGGAACUUGAAAUUCAUCUUAAGUUGAAAAGAGCCACGCGAGUUAAACACCAGGUUUUCGAUUACAAAAACAGAAACUUCAAUGGUCUGUGCAAUUAUCUUACACAGUUUCCUAUAAGUAUUGUUCCAACAAAUAAUAUUGAUGACUGCUGGCAACAAUGGAAAUAUGCUUUCCUGGCUGCAGUGAAGAGGUAUGUGCAAAUGAGGGUUGAUAAAGAAGUAUGCAAUUUAAUCAGCAGAAAAUACAAAGCACUGAAAAAUAUCAUAUGAACAAUACAACUACGAGGUCUUACUGAACGAAUAAAGUACUUAAUCAGAUGCUAACACUGAGAAUACCUUUCUAAAAUAGAAAGUUCUGGUCCUACCACAAAACCAUCCUACAUCACAGCAAACGUCAAAACAAUGAGAUUACCUACAAUGGUGUUACAGCAAAAACGGCCAAGGAAAAGGCGACACUUUUCAACUCUUACUUUUCUUCAGUAUUCCAUCCACCCUCAACCUGUUCAGCUCCUAGUGAUUACCAAGACCCUUUGGAAUCAGAGGGACAAAUUUCCGAGAUAAUGCUUAAUGUUGAUGAAGUUUCACAAUGUUUGAGCUACCUUGAUACUUUGAAAGCAACCGGCCCCAACG